GCGGCUCAGGGCGUCUCUCACUCCGCUGCGUAGGAGACUUCACUCGAGCAGCACCAGUAGGCGUCUUAUAUAAACGGAAACUUAAUAUACACACUCAAAAUGCACUCAAAUACACUAGACAGCAGCGGUUCGCCAAAAAAGCGCUCGUUUUCCCGGGGACUGAGCGAGGAUGAGUCACUCCGCAACAUUAUAAAAGAGACUGAGAGCUCGGCCAGACGUCCGACACGAAGCGACAGCCGAGCAGGAACCCUGAAGAGGAGGACUGGCAGCCAGCAAUCUGACCCGGAGCUCUUCAUGGGACUGCCGGAAAUGCUGGAACUGCAGGCCAGCUACGAUGAAGCGGUGCAGGAGGUGCAUGGGCUGGAGGUCGAGCGAGAGGCUCUGUUGUUCCAGGUGGACGUCCUCCAGGACACACUGGAGGGUGUAGAGGAGCUGCUGGCCGAAGCCCAGAGGGAAGCUGGACAUGCUACUUUGGAGCUGGAACGAGAGAGAGCGGCCAAGAAGAAACUGGAGAGCCUGGUUGGUUCUCUGAUGCAGGAGGUGGAGAGAUUAAAAGAGGAAAGAAAUAACAAAGCACCUGCCCCAGAGAACAUGAGCAACGAAACAAGACAGGAGCAAAUAAAUAAUGAUGCUCCAGAGGUGAUGAAAGUUACACAGAGAGAAGAAAAAGAACUGUGCAGCACUGAAAACAGCAUUGGAGGACUGGCAGCUGCAGAGGACGGGGGACCGAGUGAAGGACCAGAGGAUGCAGGAGGCGUCUUGACAAAGCUGCAGAGGACUGGCAGUCAGCCCUUGACCCACCUGCCUUCUCUUGCACUCGACAACCCGCCUUCAGUCGACGGGGUCCUUCGGAGGCCCUACGAACGCCACACGAGAGCUGGACGAGAUCCUUCUCCAGACAGCCACGACUCAGACAGCGUAAGUGCCUACGAGGAUGCAUCUGCUGAGACUCCAGAGCAGGACGCCAUCUUCACAGGCGAUGACGAGCUGCCAGAUGAUGUGGACAACAGAAACGGCAGCGAGAACGAAGACCCAAGAGAUCCUGAAGCCUGCGUUUUGUCUUAAUUUUAUCUUGGUUUAAUGACGGAAAAAUAAUACUAUCAUAGACAACGGUUGUUGAAGCUGUAAUCAUUAUUCAGUUUAUAAUUCAAAAGAAAAUCAACGUGUAGCUACUGUAUCAACAAUAUAUUCAUUAUUUUAAUCAUUCCUUCCUCAAGUAUAAUGACCAAACCUUUGAUGCACUGCAGUUAUUUUGUCACCUUGUUUUUCUUCUUUCUUGACAUUGUUUUAACUUUUAAAAACUAAAUCGUGGAUAGCUUGAUUGGUGGGGCGACAGACAGAGCAACUGCAUCUAUCCAUCCAAGUCUUAUCUUUUAUAUACUGAAGUAGAAAUUCACAAAAAAAAACCUCAGGUUUCAUGUCUGAAAUUUAACUGAUUACUUGUAUGUUAGUUGCCAAGAUUUGUCUUUAAAUCAUGCCUAUGUGUGUGGACAUGUGGGGACACUUCGCCUUUCAGAUGUUUUUGUACUCCAGCAGCUGCCAGUGUGCACAUCAGGGUAUAUCUGUGUCCAAAGUCCUGUGAUUUUUGGACACGCUCCAUUGCUGUUUGGCCCCACAGUGAUAUUUUCUUCUACAUUUAUUUCUAAUUAACUUUUUAUCAUAUUUUACACUAAACUUGUUGACGUAAGCUCAAGUAUUUGGGAUCAAAGGCACGUGUGAAGUUAUAUAAUAUUAAUUAUGUGAAAAUCCUACUAUUUACUUCCCAAUUUUUCUUUUGGAUAUAUGGUCAAUUUUGCCUGUUUUGCUCUGAAAUGUUUUUUAGAAAUUAAUUUGGUUGCAUUUGCACUUUUUAAAAGCCGUUUCCUCUGGCAAACAUUACUCAGAUUACCUUAGCAAUGACAUUCCUUCUCCAGCCAGACACAUCGGCAAAAAAUAAUCAGCAACAGGCUGGGUCCUCUCUUCAAGGUGAUACUGUAUCAUUGCACAUUUCUAUUUUUAUUAGUUUGUGAAACUUGCUGAAAUUAGUCUCUGGAUGUCUGAUUGCUGUAGACACUUUAUAUGCCGUCAAACUUUUUUAUGUUGUCAGUUUUUUUAAGUGCUUAAGGCAACUGUGUUAACCAGUUCACCUCUUUUGUGAUAUCUUGCAUGGCUCCGUGCAGACAGAUUUUAUUUUAUAAGCUGCAAAUAAGAUGAUCAGUGUCAUCUAUCAAUAUUUUUGCAUGAAGUACUUAAAAACAGAAGUAAUAAUUAUACUCAUAAUGUUAUAUAGAGCCAAAACAUAAUUUUAAAAGGGAAAUUAAAAUAAUUUUAUUCCUCCGGUUGAGUUACAUUUUAUUUUGCAGUAAAGUAAAAUAAAAUAAAAAUUGGCAUUUUUGAACAUAUAAAGAUAGACUCUAGUGAUUUAAUCUUGAUCAUCUUGAAAAUCUUUGUCAGCGAAAUACUGUUUCAUGCAUGGAUACUUGAAAGUGUGGCGAACAUUUGCGGCAUUUGGCGGCAUAACAGCAUAUAAAUGUUAACUAAUUUGCCUUUAACUUUUAGUAUGCGUUCCUAUUAAGGCCGAUGCCGGUUCACAUGUCUUUUGUUCUGUUGGCUGACAAGAUGCUGAAAGUAUCAGACACAGCUGUGAUGUGUGUGUUUUUCGUCGUCAAAAUGGCUCUAGUUUUGCAUCCUUGGCACCGUGAUCUCUUUUUGAACUAUCAGGUUAUAUCAUACAAAUCAUUAAAUAAACAUGUUCCAUGGGUGGAUGCUGUUAAGCAUGUCAAAGGGAUUUUGUCUUAUUCAGGUGUAUCCUUUUUUGUAGACACUGAGUGCAUGUUCAGCCCUCAGCAGACUUUUAGCAAGUCAGUUUCAGUAUCAAUUUAUUAGGUAAUUGAAUAGUUUUGUUAUAUUUCUACGUAAAAGUGCAAAACAUAUCGUUAUUGUAAUUCGAUGCCUUCUGUCGGUGUGAAUAUUUGUCACUUUUUCUAAGCUUUGAAAUGUUCUGCUGUAAAAGUAAGUAAUGAUUUAUAUCAAAAUAAAAUAAGU